AUGUGGUUGUCCAACAGCUCCAACUCCUCCUGUUACAUGUUCAUCCCGGCGGGCAUCCUGAGGCUGGAGGCUGCCCACACCUGGCUCUCCAUCCCUUUCACUUGCAUUUACAUUGUGUCCUACACAGGGAACUGCACAAUCCUUUUUGUCAUCGGGAGUGAUACAAGCCUCCACAAGCCCAUGUACCAAUUCCUAUCCAUGUUGGCCAUCACCAAUUUCGGUUUGUCUCUGUCUACACCACCAACUGUGAUAAGUGUUUUCUGAGUCAACUACAGAGAAAUCAGUUUCGAUGCCUGUUUUGCUCAGCUUUACUUUGUUCGUUCCUUCUCUUUCAUGGAGUCCUCCAUGCUUUUGGCCAUGGUCUUUCAUCACUAUGUGGCCAUCUGCUACAUGCUGAGGUACUCCUCCAUCCUCACCAGUGCCAGGAUAGGCAGGAUUGGGCUGGCUGCUCUGUGCAGAUGCCUCUCAGGAAUGCUACCAUCACUCUUUGUGCUAAGAAGAUUGCCCGUCUGCCAGUCCUAUGUGUUCUCCCACAGCUACUUUCUGCAUCAGGAACUGAUCAAGCUGGAGUGUGCAGACAUCACAUUCAGUAGCAUGUAUGGGUUAGCUGUGGUCAUCUUCACAGUGGUAUUGGAUCCAUUGCUUACUGUUUUGUCAUAUAUUAUGACUUGUAAGAGAGUUGUGAGCAUCACAUCCCAGAGGGAGCGUCUCAAGGCUUUGAACAACUGCCUGUCCCAUAUCUUGGCAGUCCUGAUCCUGUACAUCCCCAUGCUUGGCUUGUCCAUGGUUCACUGGUAUGGCAAGCACACUUCGUCUCUCGUUCACACCAUCAGGGCCAACAUCAACCUGCUGGUUUCCCCCAUGCUGAAUCCCAUCAUCUACAGCAUAGAAACCAAACAGAUCUGCAGGGGUAUCCUCAAGGUCCUCAUGCCAAGGAAGAACUUCUCCCCAUGGCACCACAGCACAUAA